AUGGCGCCCUCCUCCUCCGCUUCACCCCCACCGCCGCCCGGCGCCAUCUUGAAAGAGGGCGGCGCCAUCUUGAAGAAGGAAGCCAAGAUGGCGCUCGCCAGCGUUCUCCGUUCCACCGAGCUCCCCGCGGCCCUCGGGGCCCCCCGCGAUCGCCCCGGGCCCGGCGAGGCCUUUGCGGCUCCGCCCUGCGGGGAACGGGAGCCGCUGCCCGGCCCGGGGCUGCGCCUGCUGCACGGCACCACCACGCUGGCCUUCUAGUUCGCCCAGGGCGUGGUGGUGGCCGUGGACACGCGAGCCACGGCCGGCUCGUUCAUCGCUUCGCAGUCGGUGCAGAAGGUGAUCGAGAUCAACGGGUCCCUGCUGGGCACCAUGGCCGGCGGCGCCGCCGACUGCGGCUACUGGCAGCGCCUCUUGGCUCGCCAGUGCCGCGUCUACCAGCUGCGCAACAAGGAGCCCAUCUCGGUAGCCGCCGCGUCCAAGUUACUAGCCAACAUGGUCUACCAGUACAAAGGGAUGGGGCUCAGCAUGGGCACCAUGAUCUGCGGCUGGGACAAGCGCGGGCCGGGUCUCUACUACGUGGACAGCGAAGGCACGCGGGUGCCGGGCCGGGCCUUCGCCGUGGGUUCGGGAGCGCCGUACGCUUACGGAGUGUUGGAUCGCGGCUACCAAUCGUUGGCUACCGAAUCGGCGUGCGAACUUGCCCGACGAGCCAUUUACCAAGCGGCCCGCCGCGACGCUUACUCGGGCGGGCGCGUCACCGUGUACCACGUAGGGCCCGACGGGUGGCGUCACGUCCUCCACGACAAACGUGGCCCGACCUGCAGGAGCGCUACGGGCCCGACGGCCACUAAAAGCCGCCCGGGGGGCUACUGA